CCCUAGUGGUGCAAUAGUUAAGUGCUCAGCUACUAACCAAAAGGUUGGCAAUUUGAACCCAGCCAGCAGCUCCGUGGGAGAAAGACCUGGCAAUCUGCUUCCUAAAAGAUUAAAAUCAAGAAUAUUCUACAGAGCAGUUCUACUCUGCACAUGUGUGGUUACCAUGAGUCAGAAUAGAUUCAAAAGCAAUUUUUUUUUUUUUUAAUAUAUAGCUUGGGUGACAUCCAUUAUUCCCUUGGAUUUUUUCAAGUAUUAAAAAAUGUAUUAAAAAAAGAAAAAUAGUCUUUUUUUUGAUGUUAAAGACCUUAAACCAAAAAACCAAACCCAUUGUCAUUGAGUCGAUUCCGACUCAUAGCGACCCUAAAGGACAGAGUGGAAGAUUGGGAAAAUCUGCCCUGGCCUAUUCUAACCUCUCAACCUUUCUCUCUCUCUCUGCCUGUGACCCCAUCAAUUCUCCAGUAGUCGUUCUGGCCUCCAACUCUCAAGAUGCUAAUUUGAACUUACCACAAAAUUAUAAUAUUCCUUACAUGGUCUACCUACAGUCCAGCCCCGAGCCCUGUGUGGGGUCUCUCAUUCACCCUGAGUGGGUGCUCACGGCAGCUCACUGCCCCUUACCCAAUAAAAUCAGACUGGGAGUCUACCAACCCAGCAUCCCGACUAAGAAAGAGCAGAGACGGGACCACUCAGUGAUCAUGCGCCACCCUGACUUCCAAGCACACACUCUGAACCACGACCUGAUGCUGAUCAAGCUGUCCAAGGCUGCCACUAUGAACAGCUACGUGGGGACCAUAGCAAUAGCCUUGGAGCCCAUGUCCUUCAAUGAUUCCUGCUUCAUCCCCACCUGGACCUGGAACAACUACAAAAACUUCAGUGACCCUGAAGUCCUCGCAUGGAUCCACCAGCACUCUCUGCCCUUCAUUGAGUGCCAGGAGGCUCUCCUCCAGAAAAGCACAGGGAACUUCAUGUGUGUGGGACAGCCUCUGAAGGUCUCCUCAAAAGUCAAGGAAGUUUCAGCUGCUCUGGCCGUCUGCAGUGGGAGGCUGCAUGGGAUCCUGUCCUGGGCCAAGGGCAGUGUCACCCUAGGAAGUGAAGCAUUCUUCACGGAAGUUCAUCCUUAUGCAAGGUGGAUCAUGAAUAUCAUCAGUACCCACUGAGGUCCUUUGUCCCUCCAUUCCCUGGGUGCAGCAUCCUCAUGAUUCUUUACGGGGCCCACCACCUCUUCAUCUUUCUUGUUCUUGAACAGAAUACAAAUAGGAAGUCCUCAAUAAAAAAAUCCACUGAGAGUGCUUGCCCUGAC